GCUGGCCGUGCGAGAGGCGGAGGCGCUGCCGGGAGGGAAGCUGCCCAGCGCUGGUUACAAACACCGCGGCGGCCGAUUGCUGAGUAACUGGAUUUCCAAUCACAGAAGGAAAAUAUCAUGUCUCGAUCACGCCAGCCCCCUCUUGUAACUGGUAUCUCUCCCAAUGAAGGGAUUUCAUGGACAAAAGUCACAAUUAGAGGAGAAAACUUGGGAACUGGGCCAACAGACCUCAUAGGUUUAACAAUCUGUGGACACAACUGUCUGCUGACUGCUGAAUGGAUGUCUGCCAGUAAAAUAGUGUGUCGAGUGGGACAAGCUAAAAAUGAUAAGGGGGACAUUAUUGUCACUACAAAAUCAGGUGGCAGAGGAACUUCGACUGUUUCCUUCAAACUCCUGAAACCUGAGAAAAUAGGUAUCUUGGAUCAGUCUGCUGUCUGGGUUGAUGAAAUGAACUAUUAUGACACGCGCACUGACAGGAACAAAGGGAUUCCCCCCUUGUCUCUACGUCCAGCUAAUCCGCUUGGUAUUGAGAUAGACAAAGGCAGAUUUCCCCAGAAGGAUUUGGAGGCACUGUUUCCUGGGAUGAGUGCCGAUUUCACUAGUGAAAACUUCUCCGCUGCAUGGUAUUUGAUAGAAAACCAUUCAACAACAAGUUUUGAUCAGCUCAAAAUGGCAGUCAUGAAUCUGAAGAAGCAGGCAAACAAGAAAAAUGAGGGGAGUCUAGCAUAUGUGAAAGGAGGUCUCAGCACUUUUUUUGAAGCACAAGAUGCCCUGUCAGCAAUCCAUCAAAAACUGGAAGCGGAUGGAACGGAAAAAGUAGAAGGAUCCAUGACGCAAAAACUGGAGAAUGUACUGAACAGGGCAAGUAACACUGCAGAUACCUUAUUCCAAGAAGUGUUGGGUCGCAAAGACAAGGCAGAUUCAACAAGAAAUGCACUCAAUGUCCUUCAGCGUUUUAAGUUUCUUUUUAAUCUUCCUCUUAAUAUUGAAAGGAAUAUCCAAAAGGGUGAUUACGAUGUGGUCAUUAAUGACUAUGAAAAAGCCAAGUCACUGUUUGGGAAGACCGAGGUUCAAGUGUUCAAAAAAUAUUAUGCUGAAAUUGAAACACGAAUUGAAGCCUUAAGAGAACUUCUUCUGAAUAAAUUGCUUGAGACUCCAUCAACAUUACAUGAUCAAAAACGUUAUAUAAGAUAUCUUUCUGAUCUCCAUGCUUCUGGGGACCCUGCGUGGCAGUGUAUUGGUGCCCAGCACAAAUGGAUUCUUCAACUCAUGCACAACUGCAAAGAGAGCUACGUUAAAGAUCAAAAAGGCAAUUCGUUGCUACAUAGCCCCAUGCUAGACCUGGACAGUGAUGUGCGUCCGUCUCCACUUGGUCAUCUCAGUCAGACUGCUUCGCUGAAAAGGGGCAGCAGCUUUCAGUCGGGUCGUGAUGACACUUGGCGUUGUAAAGCUCCUCAACAAGUUGCAUUUGUUGAAAAGUUGACAAAACUUGUUGUAAUUCAGCUCCCCAACUUCUGGAAGCUCUGGAUUUCUUAUGUGAAUGGAAGCCUUUUCAGUGAGACUGCUGAAAAAUCUGGUCAAAUGGAAAGAUCAAAGAAGAAUGCUAGGCAAAGACAAAAUGAUUUCAAGAAAAUGAUUCAGGAGGUGAUGCAGUCCCUGGCAAAACUCAUCCGUGGAGCUUUGCUUCCAUUCAGCCUCAGAGAAGGAGAGUUGAGACAGUAUGGUGGCUGGGAGAUGAAAUCUGAACUCUCUGGACAGUGGCUAACACAUGUCAUCCAGACUGUAAGGCUUAGUUACGAGUCCCUUACUGCACUUGAAAUACCAAAUGAUAUGCUUCAUAUCAUCCAGGAUCUUAUUUUGGAUCUUCGAGUACGUUGUAUAAUGGUCACCUUACAACACACAGCUGAAGAUGUGAAGAGGUUAGCUGAAAAGGAAGACUGGGUGGUUGAUAAUGAAGGUUUAACAUCUCUGCCAUCCCAGUUUGAACAAUGCAUUGUGCAUUCCUUGCAGUCACUCAAGAGUGUUCUGGACUGCAGACCUGGAGAAGCCAGUGUUUUCCAGCAACAAAAAACACAGGAGGAUGUGUGCCAGCUAAGCAUUGGUAUCAUGCAGGUUUUUAUAGAUUGUCUGGAACAACUGAGCACUAAGCCUGAUGGUGAUGCAGAUACCACACAUCUUUCAGUUGACGUUUCAUCUCCUGAUUUAUUUGGAAGCAUUCAUGAAGACUCUAGUUUAUCUUCCGAGCAAAGGCUUUUAAUUGUACUCAGUAAUUGCUGCUACCUGGAACGUCAUACUUUCAUAAAUAUAGCUGAACACUUUGAGAAACAUAGCUUCCAAGGAGUUGAAAAAAUAACUCAAAUUAGUAUGGAAUCCUUAAAGGAGUUGGAUCAAAGACUGUUUGAAAUUUACAUUGAAUUGAAGGCAGAUCCUAUAGUUGGCUCAUUAGAACCUGGCAUUUAUGCAGGAUAUUUUGAUUGGAAAGAUUGUCUCAUUCCAACAGUGUGUAUUCAUGGAGAUACAGAGGGAGGCUGUGAGAGAGAGCUAUUAUACCUGGGAAAAAUUAAAUAUUUGCAUUACAGCUCAAGUUUUAAGCAAGCUUUGGAAGCCCUGCCGCAACUCUUAAGUGGAGCAGACAAAAAGUUAUUAGAAGAGCUACUAAACAAAUUUAAAAGUAGUAUGCACCUGCAGCUCACCUGCUUUCAAGCUUCUUCAGCAAUGAUGAAAACAUAGACGACAGCAAAAUGCAAGCAUCCCACAAAAGAACACAGAUAAACAUACUCCCAUUACUCCCGUCCUUUUUCAUUUCCUUUGAACACUUAGCUGAAUACUUUCUCAUUGGAGUGGUGUUUCAGUUUACUGGCAAGCAAUGGUGUGAUUCAUGUGGUGUAGCCUUCAAAGUAAGAAAGAUUAUUAGAAAUGCCACUGUAAAAAAAAAAAUUAUCUAUUGUUUUUCAUCGUAUCAAGGCGGUUAGACGAACUUUGCUCUAAUAUCCUCUUCACAGCUGUAUGUUUAUAGAGAAAUCUUCAUUUGUGUGCUGCAAAGUAUAUUUCAUUUGUUAGAAAUAUAUUUGGAAAAUGGGGCAUGUUAGACAUUUCUGAAUAUCUCUGUGUACCAGUUUGAAACUCCCUGGAUGCACAGGAAUGCUGAUGAGAACAGAUUUCUAUAUUGGCAUGUUGUAUAAACUAUCCAGAUGCAUACUACAAAUGUUACUAACUGCAGAUGGCUCUAAUACACAUUCAAAUAUAGUAUGCUGGAGAAGAAGCUGCAUGUUUAAAAAAUUUAGCACUUUAGGUAAUUUCUCUGCCAUUGUCUUCAAGUGCUCACAAAUCUGACUUCUUGGUGUUUUUUAAAUUCAGCUGAUCUCCUGGGCGGGGCAAUACUGUGUUGUCUAUUCCAGUUCAGUCAGAAAGUCAAGGUUAAACGUAUAGCCGAAAUAUAACAGUGUGGUUACCUUUUCAGUGGCCACUUAACAGCUAGUGACUACUCUGCGUUGUAAAUGCAAGCAUCGCAGUAUUUUAAAUAAUCUAAAUCUUCACUAAAUCAAAUAUUCUUUAUUGGUUAAGGGCCAGAAGAGCAAACAACUUCUCAGAUAGUCAAAAAUAAGCUCCCAAUAGUGUAGUGUUGGCCACUGGAUUUUGCUGCUUCCUUCCCACUUCCUCUCCUGCCUUUUCUCCUUCUUUUAGACUUACUCCCUCUGUCUGCCAUCCCUCCCUGGUUGUAUCAUUCUCAUCAGGAAAUACUGAAUCCCUGUGGUGGGUGGGUGGAGAUUAAGCAGACCAAAGACAAAUGCUGUUGUUACUGCCAUAGGAGUGUAAUCCUAGAAGCUGUGUAUGUAUUGUGGCUUCUCUACUGACCCUAAGGACUCACAUGCUGUGACUUAAUGUAAAGUACAGGAAAUAAAGAUGCCAUAAACUAAAACAAAUAUUAGUUAGUAUAGGCUGUUAGUUUUGGGGACUUGUUUUUUUUUAUUGAUCUACUAAACUAAUAAUGGCCAAUAAUUAUCUGCUGUUUAUGUAUUUAAAGUUAUUUUGGCCUGGUUUACAGAAGCCAUAAUUUGAAUUCACAAAAUAUUUUUCAUGAAUCACCAGAAAUUCUUUAUCUUGCCAAUACAGUUAAAUGCUUUAAAAAUAAAAUAUAGAGCUUCAAUAAUAAACUAUGUGUUGCCUAUAUAUGUAGCUAAAUAAGCAUUAAGAGCAUUUUAAUGAAAAUCUAAAACUUUUUAAGUGUAUAUGCUUAUUGAGGGAGUAUUAAACAGUUACCUGGACCACUGUUGUUUUCCUAAAUCUGUUAUCUAACCUAAGCUGAGUAUAUAAAUUUAUAGUCACAGUUUCUGAUAUGAUUGUACAGUUUGUUAGACCUGUAAAGGCACUAACUUCAGAAUAAUAAAGUGGUGUUUAAGCAA